AUGGCCAGUGACGUUGGCGCCGCCGCUUUCGCAGCACUGACUUCCACCUCCAUCUACCAGACCGGAAUGACAUUUACCAAGAAGGAGCACAAAGAGACUUACCCAACCAUCUUCCCUUCCCGCCCAGAACUCUCCCAAGCUGGACGAACAAUCCUCAUCACCGGCGGUUCAGCCGGUAUCGGCUUCGCCAUUGCCAAGGGCUUCGCGCAGGCCCAUGCCAAGCGCAUCAUCAUCCUCGGCCGCCGCCAGAAUCUUGUCAACGAAGCAGUCUCGGAGCUCAAGAAGGGGUUUCCCGAGGUGCAAUUCGACGGCUACCCGAGCGACGUGGAUGAUCUCGCCGACGUGGAGAAGCUCUGGAAGGGCUUCGAGGAGGACGGCACUGUCAUUGACGUCCUUGUGCUCAACGCUGCCAAGAUUUCAGAGCAUGGGGCCAUCUUGUCUCUUGGAAGGGACGAGGUCUGGAGCUCAUUCACCACAAAUGUUCGCUCGCUCUUGGAUCUCUCUGAGAGGUUUUACAAACAGAAGAACGGCGAAGGCCGUCAAAAGUUCCUCGUCAACUUGUCCACAGAGGCCGUUCACAACUUUACCAAAUCGGGUCCUUGGCCUGCUUACAGUGCCAGCAAGAACGCGGGAACGAUGUUGAUCCAGUCGAUCGCCAAGGACACGCCUCCCGAGAAGAUGCAGGUUAUCAACUUCCAUCCGGGCGUGGUGCAUACCUCGGCUUUCAAGAACGCCGGGAUCCCCGAGGACAUUUAUCCAUUUGACCACGUGGACUUGGCUGGGAAUUUCGCCGUCUGGGCUGCCUCUGAGGAGGCGCGCUUUUUGCAUGGCCGCUUCAUCUGGGCGAAGUGGGAUAUUGAUGAGCUCAGAAGCGGUGAGUUGGGAGAGAAGAUCAAGCAGAACGACCACUAUCUUAAAGUUGGCAUCGUUGGACUUCAGGAGUGA